ACAACAGUAGCAGCCUAACCCCAAAAGGCAAAGUUUAGGUUAGUUAAAUCUGUUUAACUUUUUUUCUGUUGCUUGUUGAAAGUUGUUGAUUUGAUAGAAAUUAAAAUAGAAGGAUACAAAGAUUAAGAUGAAGUUACAGGAUACCUGACAGUGUUUACACAUUAUGGCAGCGGCAGCUAAGUUAAAAGUUACCUACCAUAGUUAUGUAGACCUAUCCCUCUGUUCUUGCAUUCCUGCACCUGAGUAAGUCUAAAGUACCAAAAUCCAAUUGAUUUGAUAAUUUGUUAUCUGUUGACUACUGCAAAGGUAAAAGUUUAUCACGAAUGUAGCCUACAAUUCUGUUAAGCUCUGGUCGAUUUGAGUUAACGCUGAAGAACCAAGUCCUAGAUACCAUGGCCAAAAUAAACCCAAUCUUUGUUAGAAAAAAAGAAUCGGUUGCAAGCUCAACGGAUAAUAGCCGAAAAGGAAAUAUAGAUGAACCUAUUGUUGAGCUAAUAGACUUUAUCAAUGGCCUUGAAGAUUAUGUGACAACCAGCUCCUGCUCCGGAAGAAUAAUCAUACUGAAGAAGGGUGAAGAGGUUUCCAUCAAGAAAGGUUGCAAGUGGAUACUAACAAGUCAUGAAGUAGUUGAUCCCAAUCAGGUCGUUGACAAGCUUAGUACCUGUGUUGAAAAGAAUAUGAUACUGAAGUUUGAACCUUUCAUUUUGCAUGUCCAGUGUAGAAAUGUAACUGCUGCAAAGAAAAUGCAAGAUUGUGCAUUUAACGCAGGCUACCGUAACUCAGGAUCAGUGUUUGGCCGCCAAGGUUCCAUCACAUUAGCUGUUCGAGGCACUCAUGGAUUGGAAGUUCCAUUGUCGGAUGAAACUGGACUCAUUGUCUCUAACGAAUACAUUAAGUAUGUGGUCAACAAGGCCAAUGAAAAGAUGUGUGAGAAUUUGAAAAGGAUAGAUAGUUUCUCUAGAGCUGUGUUUGGAAUGAAGGUCUCUACAGACACUCAAGAAAUAGAAAUUGAAGACAAAACUGAUUGUAGAUAGGAAGCCGUUAUUAUUGACUCUUGUUAUGUUUUAUAUCUAUUAUACGUUUUUCUAUACCGGGAUUAAAUUUGUAUUGUAAGA